UGAAAAUCACACCUUGUCUUUUGAGGAGAAAACAACUCCAUUUAUGGUAAAUAAAAAGGGAAGUAGUUGAGUAUAAAUAGUGAUGAGUUGAAGGUCUGACACACUGUUGGUUUGAGCACCUCCUCGUUAUAUAUUUAAGAAGCCUUGGGCGCAUCAGAUCUAUUAACAAUGAGGCAAGCUGUUUUCAUCCUCACCACCACUGCCAUCAUCAUCGUCAUCAUCAACACUGGAGCAGUUUUGUCCAACCGGAAACAAAACCCUGCUUAUAAGCUGGACAUGGCAAAGGAUUCUGUUGAUGACCAAUUUAUAGGCUGCGCUGAAGAAACCAACAAACUGAUAAUAGACAAGGUCCUAGGAGAAGAGUUAAAUAAAGAUGCAGAGUUUAAAAAACUUUGGAAUAAAUACUCAAACAGUACUGAUAAUUUUACAAGAAUAAUAAAGGUCUACACCCAUCCAGGAGUUCUUUAUUCAAAAUUCAAUGCUGCUGCCAGAUCAGGAAAAAAAUAUUACCCCAAAACAUUCAACUACACAGCCUUUCAUUUCUUGCUAACACGUGCCGUACAAAUUUAUAAAGUGCUGAGCUGUGUUAAUGUUUUCCGUAGAACCAAUGUUAGUUUUGAGAUACCCAAGAUAAAUGCUGCAAUGCGAUUUGGCGGGUUUGCAUCGACUUCAUUUAAGAAGGACUUGAAAAUUUUUGGCAAUAAAUCCUGUUUUGAGAUUAACACGUGCUUUGGUGCAAACAUAACCAACAUUUCUCGUUUACCUGAUGAGGAAGAGGUUCUAGUCCCACCUUAUGAAAUGUUUACUAUCACAAACAUUACACGUGAAAAAAACUACAUGAACUGCGAAGUCCUUUACACUCUAAAGAGUGCGGGAAAUUUUAGCUAUAUGAACUGCGAGCUGCUUAAACACCAACCCCGCCCACAUUACUCCCCACAUUACCCCCCACAUAGAAACAUAGGGUAAUGUGUUGAUGUCAAUGGGUUAAUGUUUUUAUAGCACAACCACUAACAUGACUGGAUAAUUUAAGGGCAUGAUGCAAUGCGUUCUAAGCAUGUAUUAAUAUCAAUGAUAUACAUUAUUUGUUAUUACAUUAUAAAAUUGCUUAAUAAUAAUAACAACAUUGUAAUUUUAACCAAUUUGUCUGAGCUUUUGUUUCAAUGGAAUCUGGCAGCGCUUUUCAGCAAAACAACAACUUACUGUCUGAAUGCUUUUCAAAUUAAAAGACAUCAUCUGGACGAUA